CCUCAUGUAGGCAUCAGCAUGGAAAGCUGUGAGUCUCCCGUGGUUUCUGGGACAGACGAUGGGCUCAGCUCUUCAACCACCUCCCAGCAGCCUCAGCAGCAUCCUCCUCAACCCUGGAACGAUCGCCCUAGUGCACAGGUCACUUCCAGCAACCACCCCCCUUCCUUGGAUCCCCUGUCUCUCUCAGCUCAGCUUCAGAGCCCCAGCACACCUCGUGAGGUUGUGAGAGAACAGAAGCAACAGCAGCAGCAAACACGGACCCCAUCCCAGGCUACCAGUGACAGUUCCACCAGCAGCCAACUGCACCCCAGACAAGAGGGGUUGGAGGAGGAGCAGGAGGCAGGGAGCUGCGGAGAGGACGACGAGGACUUGGAGGACUUGGACGAUAUGGAGAUUGACAACUGUUUUCCGAGUUUGCAGCCCUUCCCCGGCAUACCUAUCGCUCCAGUAGGAGGUGGCAUGCCCACACUCAUGCGGCAGCAACCCAUCCAGCGGAGGGGUGCUAUGGAAAGUGGGAGUGAAGAAGGAGAGGAAGAGGAGGAAGAAGAGAGCAGUGAUGUGGAAAACCUAGCUGGGGAAAUUGUCUACCAGCCUGAUGGCUCAGCAUACAUUGUGGAAAGCCUAAGCCAGCUGAUCCAAAGUGAUGGGAGCAUGACAUCUAGCUUGCUUCCCUCAAAUUUUCUCUCCGGUGGUGGUAAACCAGGGGAACUUGCCGGAACCUCCUCAUCAGUUUACCCUCAGAUCAUCAACACGUUCCACAUAGCCUCAUCUUUUGGAAAGUGGUUUGGCUCCGCAGACCAAGGUUUCCCCAAUACCUCAACCCCGGCAGGCCACAGUCCUGUACUGCACAGUUUCCGCGUUUUUGAUGUGCGGCACAAAAGCAACAAGGAUUAUCUAAACAGCGACGGGUCUGCCAAGAAGUCUUGUGUAUCCAAAGAUGUUCCCAACAAUGUGGAUUUCUCUAAAUUUGACGGUCUAGCCCUUUAUGGUAAAGGCAAGCCCAUUCUCAUGUGUUUUCUCUGCAAACUGUCCUUUGGUUAUGCUCGCUCCUUUGCCACUCACGCUGUCCAUGAUCAUCGCAUGACCUUGUGUGAGGAUGAGCGUAGGCUUUUGGGCCACAAGCACGCUUCUGCCAUUAUACAGGGCAUCGGUAAAGACAAAGAGCCCCUAAUUAGCUUCCUGGAACCAAAAAACAAGAGUUCUCCUCAGCCACCCAAUCUAAUGCCCAUGAACUCAGGCCAGAGCUUCUUUGGCACAUUUAGUGGAGUCCAUUUAGAGGCUGGGAGCAAUAGUGGAGGAGGCGAAGGCCUCCUCAACAAAGACUCUGAUUCCGGUCUCCAGCAACAAGCCCUACUCACCCUGGGAGGCCUUGGAAAUAACCCAUCUCUUACCUCAAACCCAGGUCCUGCCAAAGACUCCAUUACCCUGCCCAAGGCUCAGGGAGGGAGAACAGAGGGGCCUGUGGGAAAAGAGGGGACUCAGAGAGGGGAGGAUGGGGACAUGGAGCUCUGUGAAAGCAAAACUCUAAUUCAUGGUGAGGAGGUGGCCUCUGAUGAAGAGGAGGAUCUUCUCUUAGAAGAAGAGGAGGACGAAGUGGAGGACGAUGGCACUGCGGUGGCCUGUAGUGGCAGUAGAAGUAGUGGUGGUGGUGGACAAGUCGGGGAACCAGCUGUCUCAAACCAAAGUAUUUCCAAAUCUCCUUUAUUAAUGCCUAGUAGCGCUCUUCAGCCUUCUGCCCGUUCCUCUGCAGCCAGCCCCACACUCAACAGCAAAGUCCCAGCUUCCAUGUGCUCUUCUUCUGUCAGUGGAUCAGAAGAGGGAAUGGCUGCAGAUGAUGGAGGGAGGUCUUCAGAGCUCCCACUGAGCUUUAAUUGCCAGGGGCCCACUGUCCCCAUGGCAAUGGCGGCAGCCACCAGAAGAGGAGGUGAGGAGGAUGGAGCCGCAUGCUCCUCAGCGGGGACUUCCUCCCCUCUUGCCUCCAACACCGCUGCUGAUGAAAGUGCCAAUCGAGAUAGUGCCACAGCUCCUGAACCAAAUGAAUGCCUGGCAGAGGGAGAUGAUGAUAGUGGUGCCCACUUGCACCACCACCACCACCACCACCACCAUCACCACCACCCACAUCCUUCACCACACUCCCAUCCCAACUCCCAGCAUGCAGGAACCUGCGACAUUACUGGGGUGGGUGAGUGCACCCAGAAUCAUGGGGCAGGGGCCAGUGGAGGAAAUGGUGUUGAGUGCCCUAAAUGCGACACUGUUCUGGGCUCGUCGCGCUCCCUGGGUGGCCAUAUGACAAUGAUGCAUUCGCGCAACUCUUGCAAGACGCUUAAGUGUCCCAAGUGCAACUGGCAUUACAAGUACCAGCAGACCCUGGAGGCCCACAUGAAGGAGAAGCAUCCAGAUUCUGGGAACUCCUGUGUGUACUGCAGCAGUGGGCAGAGCCAUCCACGUUUGGCUCGGGGUGAGAGCUACACCUGUGGCUACAAGCCCUUCCGUUGUGAGGUCUGUAAUUACUCCACCACCACAAAGGGCAAUCUGAGUAUCCACAUGCAGUCAGAUAAACACCUCAACAACAUGCAGACCCUGCAGAAUGGAGGUUCCAUCCCUACGGCCAGUGAGCAGGUGUUUGGGCAUACACCUGGUGGCGUGGUGUCAGUUCCAUCAGCCACUCAGGCCAGCAGUCACCACCCAAGCCAUCACCACCAUCCGGUACAGUCAUCUACACACAUAGCUGGGCCUUGUGGGGCUCCUUCACCCACCAAACCCAAGAGCAAACCCACUUGGCGCUGCGAGGUGUGUGACUACGAGACCAAUGUGGCUCGCAACCUACGCAUCCACAUGACUAGUGAGAAACACAUGCACAACAUGAUGCUGCUUCAGCAGAAUGUCACCCAGAUGCAACAUGGCCGUCUUGGCCUGGGGGCCAUGCACUCACCUUCUGAAGCAGAGCUUUACCAGUACUACCUGACCCAAAACAUGAGCCUGCCUCCAGGCCUGAAGAUGGAUCCUACUGGAGCCGACGCCCAAUUCUUGCUCGGAGGAUUCCACCUGGACCCUAAUAUGGCCUCUUUGGCCCCGGCCCUAGUAGGAGGGGACAUUCCCAUGGACGUACGUCUGGGAGGAGGGCAGCUGGUAUCUGAAGAGCUGAUGACCUUGGGCGAGAGCCUGUCGCAGACCAUUGACCCAUCACUGAAGCUCUUCCAGUGUGCCGUGUGCAACCGGUUCACCACCGACAACCUGGACAUGUUGGGCUUACACAUGGGCGCCGAGCGCACACUGCCCGAGGACGAGUGGAAGGCCGUGGUGGGUGACUCGCACCAGUGUAAGCUGUGCCGCUACACCACGCAGCUGAAGGCCAACUUUCAGCUGCACUGCAAGACUGACAAGCAUGUGCAGAAGUACCAGCUGGUGGCCCACAUUAAGGAGGGCGGCAAGGGAAACGAGUGGCGCCUAAAAUGCGUGGCCAUCGGGAACCCAGUUCACCUCAAGUGCAACGCCUGUGACUACUACACCAACAGCCUAGAGAAGCUCCGCAUGCACACUGUCAAUUCGCGCCACGAGGCCAGCCUCAAGCUCUACAAGCACCUACAGCAGCAUGAGAGUGCAGUGGAGGGCGAGGCCUCUUACUACCACUGCGUCUUGUGUAACUACUCCACCAAGGCCAAGCUCAACCUCAUCCAGCACGUGCGCUCCAUGAAGCACCAGCGCAGCGAAAGCCUGCGCAAACUGCAGCGCCUGCAGAAAGGACUGCCGGAGGAGGAGGAGGACCUGAGCGCCAUCUUCACCAUCCGCAAGUGUCCUUCCGCCGAUAUCGGCGAGCUGAGUGAGGAUGUGGAGGCUGCCAGCGAGACCACCACAGACCAGGAGGACCAAACCAAAGACAGAGAGUGUGGGGGGGACAAGGAGCUCACCAAAGGGACAGCCGCAGGAUCCAGCCUGUCGGAGAGGGAUCAGACAGAGUCACCGGUUCUCUCCAAACGGCCUCCGUCAAGAUCCGGGGCUUCAGAGAGCUCCCUCUCGUCUAAGCGUCCCCGGACGUCUGAGAAGAGCACUGGAGAGCAGAUGUACCAGUGCCCCUACUGUAAGUUCACCAACACAGAUCUGAACCGGCUGAGGAUGCACGUGAUGACCCAGCACUCGGUGCAGCCCAUGCUGCGAUGCCCGCUGUGCCAGGACACGCUCAACAACAAGGUCCACCUGCAGUUCCACCUCACGCACCUCCACAGCGUGGCACCGGACUGCGUCGACAAGCUCAUUGCCACCGUGGCAACAUCAGAGGUGCUGCCAGCAAGCAUGUUCAUACCAGUCCCUGGACUGGAGAAAGAGUCUCAAAACACGCCCCAAUCCUUGUCUAACUCAACCUCUGAAGACACAAAGAAACAAACAGAUGCUACAGAUGUUGAAGCUGAUAAAGGAAUUUCUCUGGUCUCAGACAUAAUCGAAUCUCGCAAGUCCCCACUUGAAGAUCAACAUCCUGUAAGAGAUGAGACUACUGGUUUCCUCUGCUGGAAAAAGGGCUGUAAUCAAGUAUUCAAAUCCUCCAACGCUCUCCAGAUACACUUCAAUGAGGUCCAUAACAAAAGGCCACAGCUCCCCGUCUCUGAUCGCCACGUUUACAAGUACCGUUGUAAUCAGUGCAGUUUAGCAUUCAAGACAAUUGAGAAACUGCAGUUGCAUUCCCAAUACCAUGUCAUCAGAGCAGCCACGAUGUGUUGUCUCUGUCAACGGAGUUUCAGGACGCUACAGGCCUUGAAAAAACACCUGGAGUCCAGUCAUCUUGAACUGAGUGAAGCUGAUAUUCAGCAGCUCUAUGGAGGGUUACUAAUGAACGGAGACCUCAUGAUUAUUGGUGACCCUUCACUUGGGGAGGACCAGGGAGGUCUCAUUGAAGAUGAGAAAGAAGGAGAGGACAGUGAUCCAGAAGAGAAACAGAGCCCAACUGGUAGUGACUCUGGAUCAUUACAAGAAGAUUCUGGAUCUGAGCCCAAGCGAGCGCUGCCAUUUAGGAAAGGCCCCAAUUUCACCAUGGAGAAAUUCUUAGACCCUUCUCGUCCUUUUAAGUGUACAGUCUGCAAAGAGUCUUUUACCCAGAAGAAUAUUCUUCUGGUACAUUAUAACUCUGUGUCACACUUGCAUAAGGUCAAACGAGCUCUGCAAGAAUCCACUACAGGUCAGCCGGAACCAACCAGCAGUCCGGAUAAUAAGCCCUUCAAAUGCAGCACUUGCAAUGUUGCAUACAGUCAGAGCUCUACACUGGAGAUUCAUAUGCGUUCUGUUCUGCACCAGACCAAAGCCAGGGCAGCCAAACUUGAAGCAGCAGGUGGAGGCUCCAGUUCUGUCAGCAGUGGCGGCUUAAGUGGAGGCACAUCAAAUAGCACUUCUACUCCCAGCCCUAUCCCAUCAACUAACUCAACAACCAGCUCGAGCAACAACAGCUGCUCUCCAGCAGGGGUUCAUACAGCACAGAGCAUCCUGGGGGGAAACCAACUGAGUCAGUCUCAGAACCUUGAGACUAUGUCUAACUCAACUUCUCAUCCUCCUCCUUCUGAAAACCAUGAUGUGAAAAAAAAGAAAUUUGCAGACAUGCUGUCCUCAAGAGGUCACCAGCAGCUCCAGCAGCAGCAGCAGCAGUUGGCACAGGCUCAAGUGCAAGCCCAGGCCCAACUUCAGCAAGAGCUCCAACAACAAGCUGCCCUCAUUCAGUCCCAGCUGUUCAACCCACUACUCCAGCACUUCCCAAUGACAGCAGAUGCGCUUUUGCCCCUUCAGCAGCAACAGCUUUUAUUUCCUUUCUACAUCCCUGGGGCAGAAUUCCAGCUGAAUCCAGAAAUUAACUUGAACAGUCCUGCACUGAACCUAAGUGGCUCUGCUGCCUCUUUGUUGGAGGAGCAAAAGAACCAGGCCCAGCAGGCCCAACAGAGCUGCUUACAACAACAACUGAUGCAUCAUCACCUUCAGCAACAGCACCAAGGCCAUUCCCACUCCCAGGCAUCAAGCCAAAUGGCUUUACUUCAGCAGAGUGCAUCUGUCUCACACCCUGUAGAAAAAAAACCAAAGUCGCUUGGUCCUCAUAGUGAGAAGGACAGAGACCCGCCAAAGGAUAAAGAAAUUAAUGAUAAAGCAGAGGAUCAUGCCCCAAAGGAUAUCCCAGACAAUUUAAAGUCCAAAGAAAAGAAAGAUAUACCACAGACUAUAGCUAAUUUGAAUCAGGACAAUGGAUGCCCUCCACCGAGGAUUGCAUCAGAUGCUCGUGGAAAUGCCACCAAAGUGCUAUUGGAGAAUUUUGGAUUUGAAUUGGUAAUUCAGUACAAUGAGAACAAACAGAAAGCUCAGAGAAAGUCCACCGGAUCUGUGUCUGGAACGGCUGCACCAGGUGGUAUCACUAGAGUUGUGGACCCUGUUGAGGGACUGGAGAAAUUGGAAUGUGAGGCCUGCGGAAAGCUCUUUUCCAACAUACUAAUACUAAAAAGUCACCAGGAGCAUAUCCAUCAGUCCUUCUUCCCCUUUAGAUCACUAGAGAGGUUUGCUAAGGAGUACAGAGAACAAUAUGAUAAGCUAUACCCACUAAGACCACAAACACCUGAGGCUGCUCCUCCCCCACCACCACCACCUCCUCCCCCGCCGCCACCACCUCCUCCACAGAGGGUACCAACACCAAAUAUUCCUGUUUCUACCCCUGCACUCACUCCACCAACUGCUUCAACCCCACAGCCCCCAGGUCCACUACCUCAGAUUCCAAUGCCAAUGGAUCUUCCUCUCUUCUCUCCACUCAUGAUGCAGCCAAUGUCCCUCCAGUCAUUACCCUCUCAAAUUCCUGCGCAGUUACAAGCUGUUGAGCCUGGUCUAGCCACUGAUCUUGCACAACUGUACCAGCAGCAGCUCACACCUGCUAUGCUGCAGCAGCAGAAUAAGAGGCCCCGCACCCGUAUUACAGAUGACCAGCUAAGGGUUCUAAGGCAGUACUUUGACAUAAACAAUUCACCAAAUGAAGACCAAAUAAAAGAAAUGGCAGACAAGUCAGGACUUCCACAGAAAGUCAUUAAGCACUGGUUUCGGAAUACUCUCUUCAAGGAGCGACAGCGCAACAAAGACUCACCCUAUAAUUUCAACAAUCCCCCCAUCACUACCCUGGAGGAUGUCAAAAUUGACUCUAAACCACCUUCACCUGAACCCCCAAAGCCAGAGUCCUAUGGCAGUAAGAGGUCCUCAAGGACACGGUUCACAGACUACCAGCUUCGAGUACUGCAGGAUUUCUUUGAUGCUAAUGCAUACCCUAAAGAUGAUGAAUUUGAGCAGUUGUCCAAUCUUUUGAGCCUACCAACUAGGGUCAUUGUUGUUUGGUUCCAAAAUGCCAGACAAAAAGCUCGUAAAAAUUAUGAGAACCAGGGAGAUGGAGCAAAAGAUGGUGAGCGGCGUGAGCUGUCCAAUGACCGAUACAUUCGCACUACUAACUUGAACUAUCAGUGCAAGAAGUGCAGUCUGGUCUUCCAGCGGAUAUUUGAUCUUAUUAAACAUCAAAAGAAGCUUUGCUACAAAGAUGAGGAUGAAGAAGGGCAAUAUGACAGUCAAAAUGAAGACUCUGUUGAUCUCUCACAUGAAUACUUUUCAUCUUCUGGGUCAUCAGGUCACACUCCAAUGUCAUCAUCCUCAAGCCUCUGCCCUCUUCCACCUUCAUCCACAUCAUUCUCUCAUAUGACAUCAUCUGAGAAGGUAGAGUCUACAUCAACAAACACAUCAAACAUCUUUGAUGAAAAAUCCAAAAACACUGCAGAACCAUCUCUGGGACCAAGAGAGCAGUCAUCUUUGAAACAGGAAAGCAGUCAACCAGCUGAGAUUCCACAACAAAAACCGCCACGAGAGGAAAAGGUUCAACUCACCCCAAAGAACACAAAGCUUUCAUCACCUUCCCUCUCUCAACAGCAACAACAUAGUGCUGCUUCAGCCUCUGCCUCACAUACCAGCCAAACCCCCUCCCAAAGUUCUCUCAUGGCUCUUAAUCCCCAUUUAGCCUCACAGCAGCAGCUGGGCCAGCAAAUGAUUCCCUACCAGUGUGAGCAGUGUAAACUUGCUUUUCCCUCAUUUGAGCACUGGCAAGAACACCAGCAGCUUCACUUCUUGAGCGUUCAAAACCAAUUUAUUCAUCCCCAGUUCUUGGACCGCCCAAUGGACAUGUCUUUUAUGUUAUUUGACCCCAGCAAUCCUUUGCUUGCCAGCCAGCUUCUCGCUGGAGCAUUGCCACAAAUACCGAGCAGCUCUGCCACCUCUCCAUCAACACCUACAUCCACCAUGAACUCCCUAAAGAGGAAGCUAGAGGAAAAAGCAGGCACUAGUCCAGGGGAAAAUGAUAGUACCAACAGUGGGGAAGAACCACAACGAGACAAACGUCUUCGAACCACUAUUACACCAGAGCAGCUUGAGAUCCUGUACCAGAAAUAUUUAUUAGAUUCUAACCCCACUCGAAAGAUGCUUGACCAUAUCGCUCAUGAGGUGGGGCUCAAGAAACGGGUGGUGCAAGUAUGGUUCCAAAACACCAGGGCCAGGGAAAGAAAAGGACAGUUUCGGGCCGUUGGGCCAGCUCAAGCCCAUCGCCGUUGCCCCUUUUGUCGUGCCCUCUUUAAAGCUAAAACUGCCCUGGAAGCCCACAUCCGUUCACGUCACUGGCAUGAGGCAAAGCGUGCUGGUUACAACAUAACACUUACUGGUUUGCUAUCUGAACAAGAUGGCAUACAAUUGAAGAUGGAUCCUCAGGAUAUUGCUAAUUUCUCUCAUAUUGGUUCUUCUAAUAAUGAUGGCCAGUGCUCAUCUCUGUCACCUGUGAGUAAAACCAUGGACUUGUCUCCCAGGGCACUUUUAAGUCCAACAUUGAUUAAGGUCGAGGGAAUGGAGGAGUUUGAAAGCCCAACCAUGUCAUCAGUAAACAUUAACUUUGAUCAAAACAAGCUUGAUAAUGACGAUUGUUCUUCUGUGAACACUGCAAUUACUGACACCACGACCGGUGAUGAGGCAAAUGCAGACAAUGACAACACUGACAUGAAGCACAGUCACAACAGUGGAGAUUUCUUGUCCAAGACUGGAGGAUUAGUCCCAUCGCUUGAGAAUGAUGACCAGAUGUCUUCAGGACUAGUGAGCCCUGCAACAAGUUAUUAUGCAAAAGACUUUGAAAAUGAAAACAUGGUGGAUUACAGUGAAACAUCUAGUCUGGCAGACCCCUGCUCACCAAGCCCUGGGGCAUCUGGAAGUAGAAGUAUUGACAGUGGAGACAGGCCAGGCCAAAAGCGCUUCCGAACUCAGAUGACAAACCUCCAGCUGAAAGUCCUUAAGUCCUGCUUCAGUGAUUAUAGGACACCUACAAUGUUGGAGUGUGAGGUACUUGGCAAUGACAUUGGACUCCCAAAGAGAGUUGUACAGGUCUGGUUCCAGAAUGCUCGUGCUAAAGAAAAGAAAGCUAAACUCAGUAUGGCUAAACACUUUGGAAUCAACCAGACUUCUUAUGAGGGACCUAAGACAGAGUGCACCUUGUGUGGUGUAAAAUAUAGUGCACGUCUCUCAGUGCGGGACCACAUCUUCUCCCAGCAACAUAUCUCGAAGGUGAAGGAGACUAUUGGAAGCCAGCUUGACAAAGAGAAGGAGUACUUUGACCCAGCUACUGUUCGUCAGCUAAUGGCCCAGCAAGAGAUGGAUCGCAUCAAGAAAGCCAAUGAGGUUCUCGGUCUGGCGCAGCAACAAGGGAUGUUUGACAGUCCAGCCUUGCAAGCCCUAAAUAUGCAGUCGGCCUAUCCGAAUCUGCAAGGAAUUCCCCCGGUUCUCCUGCCAGGGGUUGGAAACCCUUCCCUUCCAGGUUUUAACUCAACCAACUCAGCUUUAACCCCUCCAAAACCUCCAAACAUUCUAAACAUGUCCGGUGCCAGUGUACCUUCACCCAGUCUCCCCACAUCUGGUUUACCCAACAAGAUCCCCUCUUCUUCCUCCUUGGCCUCACCCAGCCCUGCUCAGGCCAGCACUUCCGUUGCCCACUCAACUACUACUACCGCACCCACAUCAAACUCCCUGGCCACACUAGGCCCACGGGCUGAUCCUCUCAAAGAACGUGAACCUGAGAAAGCCAGGGAGAAAGAAAAGCCCAAGGAAAAAGUUGAGAAGCCACCCACACCAUCGUCAACUGCGGGUACUCCUGCUCCCUCCACUUCUGCUGCCAGUGCCAAGAAAGAAAAACCAGACACAGCUGUUCCAGCCACUUCAAUGCCAACUCCUGGCAUGGAAUAUGUGGUUGAUCCUGCUCAGCUUCAAGCUCUGCAGGCCGCUUUAGCAUCGGAUCCAACAGCACUGCUUACCAGCCAGUUCCUCCCCUAUUUUAUGCCAGGUUUCUCUCCAUAUUAUGCCCCUCAGAUUCCAGGGGCUCUUCAAGGUGGAUACCUUCAGCCUAUGUAUGGUAUGGAAAGUCUUUUCCCCUACAACCCAGCUUUAUCACAAGCCCUGAUGGGGUUAUCACCGGGAUCACUGCUCCAGCAUUACCAGCAAUAUCAACAGAGCCUGCAGGAAGCACUUCAGCAGCAGCAGCGACAGCUUCAGCAAAUCCAGCAACCAAAAGCAAGCCAAACCCCAGCUUCUUCUCAGCCUUCGGUGGACCGCAAAGAUUCUGCCAAAGAUUCAGUAAAAACAGAGGAGAAGAAAGGCACUCUCCCAGUUGAUACCUCUUCACAUAAUAACUUGCCCCAUGAGCAGCAUGAAGUGGAUGGUAAAGGUGCAGACCCCCUUCUUGACCAAUACAUUGUCCCCAAAGUUCAGUAUCGGCUGGCAUGCCGCAAGUGUCAAACUGUUUUCAGCAAGGAGGAAGCAGCUAUCAGCCACCUGAAGUCAAUCUGCUUUUUUGGUCAGUCUGUGGCAAACCUGCAAGAGAUGUUGCUUCGAGUCCCCAGCAGCAGCAGUACAGCUGAGGGUAGCCUCUAUGACUGCCUGGCUUGUAAUGUCUCUCUGGAUGGGGACAAAGCACUUAGUCAACACCUGGAUUCAUCCUUGCACAAACACAGAACAAUCACGCGGUCAGCCGGAAAUGCCAAAGAGCACGCUACUAGUUUAUUACCUCACUCUUCAGCCUGCUUCCCCGAUCCUAACACCGCAUCUACCUCGCAGUCUGUCACCCACCCAAACAACACCACGACAUCUCCCCCGCCAACAACGUCAAACACCACGCCAUCAUCAUCUGUGUCUGCAUCCUCAUGCUCCUCUGCCACAGCCGCCACACUUAACACCACAGCUGCCAGCAAACCCUGGCCACAGGCCCCUUUCUCUAAAGCUUUAGCUGGAAAGCCCAAUGCCACCCCUUCGACAUCAUCCUCUUUUCCUCCAGUAUCCUCACCUUCAACGGUUACCUCAAGUUCAUUGAGCACCUCAGGGGUUCAGACCUCGAUACCAACAGACGUCUUUACCGACGACUCUGACUCUGACAGCAGUCAGAAAUCAGUAGACAGGCUGGGCAGGUUGGCAGAGGAGCCACAGCAGCCCAGCUGUCUCAAAGACAGUGAUAGUUGUAGUAGUAAUAUGGCUAGUGUAGGAACAGACUCCAUCAGACUGUAAAAGAGCUUUCAACGAUGGACGAUAUUUUAAAAAACAAAAAACAAAAAAAUAAACAAAACACAAAAGCUAAAAAAAGCGGCGAUGUUUAAAAUAUGUUUAAAAGUAUACGAACCAAUUUCAGAAGAAAAAAAAGAUGUGUAAAGACUAACUGCAAUUCCAAAGCUUGUAACCAAAAAUUUAAAUGUUAGUGGAUUGUUUUCCCAUAUGAACAUGCUGGUUUUAAUUUGUUUCAACUUAAGUAUAUCGCUAUAUGUAUACACAUAUAUGAAAUUAAUAAAGAAGAACACUGCAGUUAACAUGCGGAUAAUGCUAAGGGAAUGCUGCAUUGCGAAGGACUGCCUCAAAACCACAAAAAUCAGAUGGGCCCCAGAUUCUGUCUAUACAAAGAAGGAGAUAACGAUGCACACCCUGUUUGCAUAGGUACGUCCACCUAAUAGCACAGUCACACAAAGCCAGUAUGUACUGUAUGGGAGAAUAGUCUUACCGUUUUCUUGCUAUCUAAGCAUUCAAAUACCAAUGGCUUGCUAAUGAAAAAAAGAAUGAUGUAAUGUCUAUUUUAUUCUCAGGUCAACAGCUCACAACCUUUUUUAUGUUACAUUAUUUUAUUCAUUUUGUUCCUGACAAAUGAGAACUUUUUUUUUUUUUGUAUUACUUUUAAUAGAAAUUCUUUUGGAAGUGAUAUGAACUAAGACAGAGCUUUCUGGGAAUCCAAAUGGGUAGCUAAACUGCUAAAAUUCUGUUAAAUGGGAUAUAAUGGUCUCCCACCAAACCCAAACAAGAAACGCAGUGAGGGAUUUUUUUUUUUUUUGUUAAGAAAAAGAAAAAACCUGUAUUUAUGAUUGAUAUAAACAUUUUUCGUGUUAAGUAGAUUGUUGCAUUGGAAAUAAAUUUAAACAGUAUGGUAGAUUGAAUAAUCUUUGUGUACAUUUAGCUUUUGUAUUGUCCAACCUUAAAGCGCUUCAUUUGAUGUUGUCUUGGUCAUUCCAAUAGACUAGAUUAAGGAGCAGGAACUGAUCUGUACUUUAUUUCAGUAUAGUCAAAUCCGUAUCUUGGAUUUUUUUUUUUUUUCACCCAAACUGCCACCAACAGACUCAGCAGAAUCCCUUAGUUUUCAUGAGGGGCUUCUUUCCUUUGAUGGUUGGUGCAGCACCUGACCAAAAAAAGGAAAAGAGAUAUCUGUUAGAAAAUUAUUAUCCACUUAUAUUUGUGUUACCUAUUGUGCACUUACAAACGUCUCGACUUACUUUAUCUCUGUCUUUUUCUGUGUGUUACUCUCACCUUCCUUCCUUUUUUUGUUGCUUCCACUGCGUUUUGUAGGUUCUGAGAUCUUUCUCCUUUGGCACUACAAAGCAGAUGUGUAUUUUAUGCAGUGAGGCUGCAGUCUGUUAUGGGCUUUUUUUUCCCAAUUUUUUUUAUUAUUUCUUCUUCUUUUUUGUUGUUGUCGUUGUCAUACAAGAAAAAGAAUAAUAAUAAUUCUCACGCUUUAAAACGAAAAGAAAAUCCAAAGACUAAACACUUUCACCAUUGGUGCAUAAAGAUGAGAAAAGAGGCUUCUUUAUACUUGAGAAUUUGUUGCAGUUUUUAAGAAAAGAAAACAAAGUUUUAAAAUAAAAGGAGUACGCAUCAGAGUUGCCGUCUUCGCUUCUUUGUAGGCAGACAGGUGGCUUUUUUACGUAGAAAAAUACCAAGAAUACCAAAAACCAAAAAAGGACGUUCGUCCUUGCAUUGUGGAGUAGCACCAUUACAGAGCCAUUGCAGUUUGUAAGAUAGAAGUGGAGAAUCUCUUUGUUUGACUCUUCUUGUCACACAAGAUUUUUUUUUUUUUUUUUUAAAGAAAAUGUCUAAGGUCUGGUCUCUGAGGACAUACGUUUUGCUGCUAAUGUAGAUUUUGAAAAAGAUGAAUACCUAGAUGCAUGCUCGUUUUACUUCUUGGCUAAGCUUUAAAACAAAAACAAAAAAAACCCACAAAAACAACCAAGUAAACCAUUUCCCUGCCUCUGCGACAUUUUUUCUUCUUGUUGCAAAAACGGAACUUUGAAGACUGUGAAUAUAUGUUCCAAAGGACAUUUUUGGCUUUAUUGUUUUUCUUUCUUUCUUUCUUUCUUUCUUUCUUUCUUUCUUUCUUUCUUUCUUUCUUUCACAGACCAAUGUCAAAAAGCCAAUGAUCUGUUAUGUUUGUAAAGAGCAGUGCAUUCCAAAUAGCGCAUCAUCUGGUUUCUUAAGAAAUGACAGCAUCUUUAUAUUGAAUUUGAGUACAAGUCUAUUUUCUCCAACGUUUAAAAAAAUGACUGUAAUUCCGCCAUCAUGGGUUAACGAACAUCGUCGUUUUUGAAGUCGUGUAGGGGAUUCGAUGUCCCUUGCAGCCAACCAAGUUAAGGCUGUUUUGCGCACUUGAAAUAGAUCAUCGUGUAACAGUGGCUAACCAAAAAUGUACAUAUUGUAACGCAUCUGGUCCUAACAUGUCUCACUGGUCUAGUGUCAUCAUGCCUCUCCGUCUUUAAUGAGUCUGAGAAAGAAAUAAAGUGUGGAAUGGUGGCCUCCCCUCGUGGAAAAUCAAGUAGGGACCUGCCCCAGGUUUCUGCAGGGUGUAAAGCCUUUCUUUUUUUUUUUUUUUCUGGUGUGUAUUAUUACAGCUUUUCCAAGGGACAUCUUCAUUCCAAAGCAUUAUAAGACUGGAAAAAAAGCAGCAGUGUUUUUAUUUAUUAAUAUUUUGGAUGGUGGUUCUUGAUUCUUACCUUUGUGUCCAAAGAGGUCAAUGGAAAUGGUUCUGUUUAAUCACAAUUUCCCCGUUAUUUUUAAAAGUCUUUUUCUCACCAAAAAGGAUUCAUUUCAACAGGCCGCAACUGUACAGCAAGUGUGUUGGCCUACAUGGUACAUUGCUGCAGUCUAGGAAGUGUGUUAAAGAGUGUUACGUCUUGCAGAGCAAUGUGGUUUGGUGUUUAAAAAAAUGCAUGCUAUUGAAAUUUGGUCGAUUAUUUUAUUUUAAUUUUGGUAUGCAAAGCUUGCCAUUUCUGUUCAGUGCUGUUACCUAAAAUAUU